CUGCGUGAUACUGAGCCGAUGCCGGUACAGCGACAGAAGCAUAACAGCGUAGACAAAUUUCUGAUUCUGAAGUAGAAUAAUCUGAAAUCGUAUCGUUUAAUGUUAAUCUCGCGAUACCCGGUUGUUACAAUACGUACAUAAAGUUUCCGUUGUGAGGUUGAAUUUUUUUGUAAUCAAAGAAAUGUAUGCGUAUGUGAAACUCCUUGAAGGUCCCAACAGAGGGAAAAAAAUAAUUAUGCAUACUUCAGAAAUCAAAAAUUUUUCAAAAAACACACAUAAGAACAAUAUCAAAUAUCAUGUGGAGGUGAACAGAAAAUUGUGCUCAGGAAUAAUUAUGUUAUUAGAAGACUCGAAAAAUGAUAUUAUAAAGCGACUGAAAAGUUUGAAAAGGGUGUCUAGUAUUCCGGAACGCUUGAUGAUAACAGCAUCAAGUGGUGGCACAUCGUCUGAUGAAAUCAUUGAUGAUUCACUGAAUAGUAAGGCAUCUUCGAAAAAUACACAAGAAAAGAAUUCCGUAACAAAACUGGAUAAGUUGACGCAGUCUACAAUGAAAGAUGUCGAUGAAAAUGUUAAUGAACAGAGCAAAUUGAGUGGUUCGGAUUGCUGGGAAUGUGAAAAGUAUUACAAGAAUUUGUCGCUGUCAAAAGACGAACUGCAGAAGAGAAAAAAUAAAUGCUCACGACAUCGACGAAAGUACGAAAGGCCAAUAACACCAGAAGGAUUUUGGAAUCCCGAAUUUCCUGACACACAGUCGUCGGAACCAGUUGGAAAAUGUAUAGAACCAGUACUAGAAAAAGGUUGCAGUAAUUCGAAGAUUUUUCAACCUGAAGAAUGCUUCAUAUUCGAUCUCAAUCAUUCAGAGAGCAAUCAAUCGGGAGGAUGCAAUAAUGAAAAGGAGAUUACAAAUGAAGAACACGACCCAUUACAAACUUCUACAUGUGAAACAACCACCGAUGUAAUCAAUGAUGUAGACAACCAUGAUGUAGACAACCAUGAUGUAUUAGACAACCAUGAUGUAUUAGACAACCAUGAUAUAGACAACCAUCUUUCAGAGAUGAGUCCACAUAAAUCUGAACUCUUUGCGAAAUCUUUGCGUCCGAAAUCUUUGCAUCAUUUUACGAAAAUCACUGCAACUAAGAAAAUGUGUAAUGAGUUAAAGUUAAAAGAAAAAGUAUCGUUACUUCGUGAACAAAAGUCGAAAUUACAAUCACGGAUUAAGGAAUUACACGAAUAUAACAACAAUUUAGAGGGUGAACGCAAAGAAAUGAAAAAAAAGCUGGAGAAAGUAACGUCUGAGUUGACAAAUGUAAGAAAGUUAAACGAACGACUGCAAACAGCAUUAAUCGAUAAAACUAACGAAUGCGAAAGGAAGAAAUUGUGUAUACAUUACGCUUUUUUCCGUCAGUUUAUAAAAAAAUCCUAAAUUCUUGA